AUGGAGUCCAGACUCUUCUGCUGGACCACUUGCUUUCUCCUGGUCGUGUGGUGCCUGCCAGUGCUACCCUGCCCUAGCCGGUGCCUUUGCUUGAAGAGCACCGUCCGCUGCAUGCACUUGAUGCUGGAUCACAUUCCUCAGGUGCCGCAGCAGACCACAGUCCUAGACUUGAGGUUUAACAGAAUACGAGAAAUUCCUGGGAGUGCCUUCAAGAAACUCAAGAAUUUGAACACUCUUCUCCUGAACAACAACCAAAUCAGACAGAUUUCCAGAAAUGCUUUUGAAGGACUUGAAAAUUUGCUUUAUCUGUAUCUGUACAAGAAUGAAAUUCAUGCCCUAGAUAAGCAAACAUUUAAAGGACUCAUAUCCUUGGAACAGCUGUAUAUUCAUUUCAACCAAAUAGAAAUGCUACAGCCAGAGACAUUUGGAGACCUUCUGAAAUUAGAGCGACUGUUUUUGCAUAACAACAAAUUAUCUAAAAUCCCAGCUGGGAGCUUUUCUCAUCUGGAUUCAUUAAAGAGACUGCGUCUGGAUUCCAAUGCUCUAGUUUGUGACUGUGAUUUAAUGUGGCUGGGGGAACUUAUGCAAGGCUAUGCCCGAAAUGGCCAAACUCAGGCUGCUGCUACAUGUGAAUAUCCCAGAAGGCUCCAGGGACGCUCCAUCGCUUCGUUAACAGUAGAGGAAUUCAACUGUGAGAGUCCUCGAAUUACCUUUGAGCCCCAAGAUGUGGAAGUAACAUCAGGGAAUACUGUCUACUUUACUUGCCGGGCUGAAGGAAACCCCAAACCAAAGAUUAUUUGGAUACAUAACAACCACUCAUUGGAUUUGGAAGAUGAUACUCGACUUAACUUGUUUGAUGAUGGGACACUCAUGAUACGAAACACUCGUGAGUCAGACCAAGGUGAAUAUCAGUGUAUGGCCAGAAACUCAGCUGGGGAGGUCAAGACACAGAAUGCCAUGCUCAGAUAUUCCAGUCCUCCAGCCAAGCCUAGUUUUAUAAUCCAGCCCCAGGACACAGAGGUUUUAAUUGGCACCAGCACAACUUUGGAAUGUAUGGCCACAGGCCACCCACACCCCCGUGUUACUUGGACUAGGGGCAGCGGAGAGGCCCUGGAUGGAUCCAGGCACCUGGCUACUUCUGGAGGACUAUACUUGGAGAAUGUCACCCUGCAGGAUCAUGGUCAAUUUACCUGUCAUGCUGACAAUAAUCAAGGCUCUGUUCAAGCUACAGCAAACAUAAUUGUACAAGCUCCUCCGCAAUUCACAAUAAUCCCCAAGGAUCAAGUGGUGCUAGAAGGACAUACUGUAGAAUUUCUCUGUGAAGCUGAAGGCAACCCACCUCCAAUAAUUGCCUGGACCAAAGCAGGAGGGCAGCUCCCUCAGGAAGGUCUGCAUACAGUUCUCUCCUCUGGAACUUUGAGAAUUGACCAUGCAGCACAUCAUGACCAAGGCCAAUAUGAAUGUCAGGCAGUAAGUCCAUUGGGAGUGAAAAAAGCAUCUGUCCAGCUGACUGUAAAACCCAAAGCUCUCCCAGUGUUUACUCAACUACCUCAGGAUACAAGUGUAGAGGUUGGCAAGAAUAUAAACAUUUCAUGUCAUGCUCAAGGAGAACCACAGCCCAUAGUUACCUGGAACAAGGCAGGUGUUCAGAUUACCGAAAGUGGUAAAUUCCAUGUCAAUGGUGAAGGCAUGCUAACCAUCUAUAAUGCAGGGCAAGCUGACCAAGGAAGAUAUGAAUGUGUGGCUCGGAAUUCAUUUGGCCUUGUUGUGGCCAACAUGUUUCUCACAGUUGUAGCAAUACAGGGUAGAGAAGCUGGCGAUGACUUUGUUGAAUCAUCCAUUCUUGAUGCUGUACAGAGGGUUGACAGUGCAAUUAACUCCACACGAAGACAUUUGUUUUCACAGAAACCUCGCACCCCUAGUGAUCUGCUGGCUCAGUUUCGUUAUCCGUAUGACCCAUUUACCGUGGAGACAGCAAGAGCUGGAGAGAUUUUUGAGCACACACUUCUGCUGAUCCAGCAACACGUGAAGCAGGGGCUCACUGUUGAUUUGGAGGGCAGAGAGUUCCUCUACAAUGACUUGGUGUCCCCACACUACCUCAGCCUCAUAGCCAAUUUAUCUGGAUGUACAGCCCACAGGCAGGUGCCCAAGUGCUCUGACAUGUGUUUCCAUCAGAAGUAUCGAGCCCAGGACGGAACGUGCAACAACCUGCAGCACCCCAUGUGGGGUGCAUCCCUGACCGCCUUUGAGCGCAUCCUGAAGCCUGCCUACGAGAACGGCUUCAACCUGCCGCGUGGGGUGGGCCGUGAGGCCCUGUCGGGCCGGUAUCCCCUCCCACCACCCAGGCUGGUCUCCACAGAGCUGGCAGCCACGGCCACAGUCACUCGUGACCAUAGAUACACACACAUGCUCAUGCAGUGGGGCCAAUUUUUAGACCACGAUCUGGACCACACAGUGCCUGCGUUGAGCAUAUCUCGCUUCUCUGAUGGGCAGCCGUGUAGCUCGGUGUGUACGAAUGAUCCUCCUUGCUUCCCCAUCAUCAUUCCUGACACUGACCCCCGAGGGACCCGAGCACCGUGCAUGUUCUUUGCACGCUCCAGCCCCGUGUGUGGCAGUGGCAUGACCUCCUUAGUGAUGAAUUCAGUCUACACGAGAGAACAGAUUAACCAACUCACAGCCUAUAUAGAUGCCUCUAAUGUCUAUGGGAGCUCGGAGCGGGAAUCCCAAGUUCUCCGAGACUACUCAGAGCCUCGGGGACUCCUGAGGACAGGCUUCCUGUGGAUGCGGUCGGGAAAGCCCUUACUGCCCUUUGCUGCGGGCCCACCCACUGAGUGCACAGGGUGGGAGCAGGGUAGCCGCAGCCCCUGUUUCCUGGCUGGGGACCACAGGGCCAAUGAGCAGCUGGCCCUCACAGCCAUGCACACAUUGUGGUUUCGGGAACACAACAGGGUCGCCACGGAGCUGUCUGCCCUGAACCCCCACUGGGACGGAGACACCCUUUAUCAUGAAGCCAGGAAGAUUGUGGGUGCUCAGCUGCAGCACAUCACCUACAGCCACUGGCUGCCCAAGAUUCUGGGGGAACCUGGCAUGAAGAUGCUGCGGGAUUACCAGGGCUACAACCCCAAUGUGAAUGCAGGGAUCAUUAACUCUUUUGCUACUGCAGCCUUCAGAUUUGGUCACACGUUAAUCAAUCCUAUUCUUUAUCGACUGAAUGACACCUUCGGAGAAAUCCCUGAAGGCCACCUUCCACUCCAUAAAGCUUUCUUUUCACCCUCCAGAAUAAUUGAGGAAGGUGGGAUAGAUCCACUCCUUCGGGGGCUAUUUGGUGUGGCUGCUAAAUUGCGGGUGCCCUCCCAACUGCUCAGUUUAGAGCUGACUGAGAAGCUGUUCUCCACCGCCCACUCUGUGGCCCUGGAUUUGGCUGCCACCAACAUUCAAAGGGGGCGAGACCAUGGGAUCCCUCCCUAUGCUGACUUCAGAGUUUUCUGCAAUUUGACUUCUGUUGAAAAUUUUGAGGAUCUUCAAAAUGAGAUUAAAGAUUCAGAGAUUCGACAAAAACUGAAAAAGUUGUACGGCUCGCCAGGUGACAUUGACUUCUGGCCCGCCCUCAUGGUUGAAGACCUGAUCCCUGGUACGAGAGUGGGACCAACACUUAUGUGCCUGUUUGUUACCCAGUUUCAGCGGCUAAGAGAUGGAGAUAGGUUCUGGUAUGAGAACCCCGGGGUGUUCACUCCCGCACAGCUCACUCAGCUAAAGCAGGCGUCACUGGGCCGCGUGCUCUGUGACAAUGGUGACAACAUCCAGCAAGUCCAGGCCGAUGUCUUCGUGAAGGCACAAUACCCGCAGGAUUACCUGAGCUGCAGUGAGAUACCUCAGGUCGAUCUGCGAGUGUGGCAAGACUGCUGUGAAGACUGUAGGAGUAGAGGACAGUUAAGAGCAUUCACACAAGAAUCUCGAAAGAAACGCUCUGCUCAAUACAGCUAUCUUGAUGAGAAAGAUAAGGACUUAAGUGAUCUAAUCAGUAGGCAACAAAGUCACUUGUACAUUGAUGAAGAUGGUAGAAACGUGACACUUCUGGCAAAAGCAAAGUUUGCCCAAGAUUUCAGCAAUUUUGCAGUGGAAAUUCAAAAAACCAUCAAAGCUCUCAGAGAACAGAUAAACAAGCUGGAGGCACGUCUCAGGCAGGCGGGAUGCACAGAUGAUAAAGGGAUGCGAAGAAAAGACAAUGAACACUGGAUGAAAGAAGACUGCAUUAGCUGUAUGUGUAAGAGUGGCCAGGUCACCUGUAUGGUGGAGACUUGUCCUCUGGCUCCAUGUCUCAGUCUUGAAUUGGUGAAAGGAACCUGCUGUCCAGUUUGCAGAGACACGGGAAUGCCAGCUGAUUCCCCAGAGAACCGCUAA